GGCGAGGGCGUGAGGGUCUGCAGUCAACAGGGUACAGUCAGUCCUUUGGGCGAAUUGACUGCACACGCGACCAGCGUCUCUCACGCCCAUCUUUUUUAGUUCUUUACCCCCCCACAACACAACCACCGCCAUGUCGUCUGACGAGGAAGAGUACAGCACCGAGGAGGAGUCUUCGGAAGAGGAGGAGGACCCCGUGGCCAAAGCUAAGGCGGCCGAGGUACUAGCUAGACAGCGCGCUUUGGAAGAAGCAAAGAAGAAGCAGGAGGAGAUCGACCGCAAGAAGGCGGAGGUCCGCAAGCGCCUCGAAGAGCAGAGCGCGAAGAAGCAGAAGAAGGGUUUCAUGACCCCUGAGCGUAAGAAGAAGCUCAGGUUGUUGCUCCGUAAGAAGGCCGCUGAGGAACUGAAGAAGGAACAGGAGAGGAAGGCCGCUGAGAGGCGUAGGAUCAUUGAUGAGCGUUGUGGCAAGGCCAAGAACCUCGAUGGUGCAAACGAAGACGCACUUAGGGAAAUCUGCAAGGAAUACCACGAGCGUUUGUUCCUUUGCGAGUCCCAGAAAUGGGACCUUGAGUAUGAGGUUCGCAGGAGAGAUUAUGAGAUCAACGAGCUGAACAUUCAGGUCAACGAUCUGCGUGGCAAGUUCAUCAAACCUACCCUGAAGAAGGUGUCCAAAUACGAGAACAAAUUCGCCAAGCUGCAGAAGAAGGCUGCUGAGUUCAACUUCAGGAACCAGCUGAAGACGGUCAAGAAGAAGGAAUUCGAGCUCGAGGAUGACAAGGGCGCGACAAAGCCUGACUGGGCGGCAGGCGGACCAGGAGCCGCUAAGAAGGAAGGGGAAGAGGGCGCUCCGGCGGAGGGUGAUGCUCCUGCAGAGGAAGGUGCCGAGGGCGCUCCCACAGAGGGUGCUCCUGCAGAUGCCGCGCCUGCAGAAGGGGCCCCAGCCGAGGAAGCCCCGGCAGAGGAGGGCGGCGCCGCUGAGGCCGCUCCGGCUGAGGGGGGUGACGCCCCCUCCGCCGGAGAGGCACCAGCGGACGCCCCGGCCGAAAGCCCUGCCGAGGCUCCCGCGGAGGACGCCCCUUCUGAGGCCGCCCCUGCCGAGGGUGAGGCUGCUCCUGCUCCUCCUGCCGAAGGUGAAGCAGCACCGGCUGAGGAAGCCGCUGCGUAAGAAGGAUGACCCACCUACAGGAGAAGCAGCAGAAGGAGAAGAAGAUGUACGUGUACUGUGUCGUCGUCGUCGUCUGUGGCAACCUGCGUCCCCUGUAAUUCUUCGUGUCCCGCCAAAGUGUAUUUUCUCAUUAAGC